UCCCCGGCGGCCGCCCCGGGGCAGGGGCGCAAAGAUGGCGGACGUGGUCGCCGGCAAAGACAAGUGCGGUGAGCAGCGGCUCGUGUCGCUGCUGUCCCGCAUUCGCGUCAUCAUGAAGAGCUCCCCCGAGGUGUCCAGCAUCAACCAGGAGGCGCUGGUGCUCACGGCCAAGGCCACGGAACUCUUUGUCCAGUAUCUAGCCACCCACUCCUACAGACAUGGCAGUGGAAAAGAAAAGAAAGCUCUCACUUACAAUGACCUGUCACAUACUGCAGAGGAAUCGGAAACCUUCCAGUUUCUUGCAGAUAUAUUACCAAAGAAGAUUUUAGCUAGCAAAUAUCUGAAAAUGCUUAAAGAGAAGAGGGAAGAAGAUGAGGAAGAGAAUGACAAUGAUGCAAGUGAAGACGAAGCAGAGUCCUAAACCAAAAAAGAAGUGCUUUAAAAAUCAGCCUGCUGCUGAGGGCCCUCCACAUCAGCUCCACACUGCGGAGGGAGCGCACUGCUGCGCCUCGAGCCUCCCCUCAGAGAUGUUUCCAUUCUUUCUCGGCCGCGCCGGAACCUCUGAUGCACCUACCCUCGUGGCCAAAAGGAGAGUAACCCAGACAGCAGCCUCUCUCUGACAGGCCUCUGCUGCGGCGGAGGGGCCGGGAGAGCCACGGUACUAAGCAAAGCGCAGCGGGAGGCUCUGGAGGCAAAGAUAGUUUGGGUUUUUAGUUUAUAGGUAGAUUUUGAAGAGCUUACGAUAUCAGUUGUGUAAAUUCAUGUAUGUAUAUUUUGAAAUUCUUGUAAACAGCUUGGUUGAGCUUUUGCUAGUACAGAGUUUGUGGGUAGCGUGUUACAUUUGCGUUUUUGUACUUCAAAACCUGUUUUGACGGUCCAAAGUCCAUUUUUUAAACUGUAAGCAAAUAAGAUUUUCUUAUUAAAGAACUGGACAUAUUUUUACAGUAAAAUUUUGUGGGACUAGUCUUGAAACUAUUCUAAUGCCUUGCUUAUUCUCUUGGACUUGUGAUAUUUAAAAAAAGCAUUUCCAACACUUUCAUCCCCAGAAAAAAAUUCCAAACCAAAUUAUUGGGUACAAGAAUUAUUUCUUCUGAAUAAGCGUAUUUUUUAAAAACAUUUUGUAUGUUGAUGAUAACUCACAUUUUACUGUCCGCUUCUGUAUAUCCUCAGGAUUUCCACUAUCUACAAAGAGAUAAGAGCCAUAGGCCCAAUUUUUAUUUUGACACCCCCACCCAAGCCCUAAUUUUUUUUUACAUAGGGUUAGUUUCUGACACUCCUCACUCUUUCAAAAACAAUUUGUAUUUUGUAAAAUCACCUUUUAGAGUCCAGUCUGCUGGGUGUGUAACCAAUGAAGAUAUCCACAGCCCACCACCCCCCUUUUCCCCCCUUGGGUGUCAGUCCUGUUCUCAGGCGACCACAGAUAUUCUCUGUCCUUCAUGUUUUGUGAGUUUGAAAUAAAAUAUUCCAAAACCCAGUUUUUGGUUUGUGGUUCUGAGUUUGGACGAUGC